GAUACAAACGAUGUAAAAUUCAAAAUGUCAGAUUUGAACUUUCAGCAAUUUUCACCUUCUGAUUGGACUUCCUCAUAAUUGAGGGAGCAAAUAUAAAGGUUUGAAGAUAGAAUCAAGKAGCUUUUAAAAAUAUCUCUUCUGCACAGCGAUGGCCAACAGUUUGAAUAAUAUUUUCAACUUGUCAACGCUGGCACCAAGUGCUAUGAUGGCUUCUACGAACAGCACUACAUCAACGAUACCACAAAAACUAGAAACACAGUAUAUCUUCUUUCAAACUGCUGCCGCCAGAGGGAUUUCAGGUUUCUUUGUCAUGAUGGCACUAGUAAUUACAUGUCAUCAGAUUUAUCAGCAUCUUAGCUGUUAUACAAACCCAAGUGAACAGAGAUGGAUAGUAAGGAUCUUGUUUAUUGUUCCUAUCUAUGGCUUUGAUUCGUGGCUGAGUCUAAUGUUCUUUGAACAGUCGUACUAUGUAUACUUUGACAGCGUAAGGGAUUGUUAUGAAGCAUUUGUGAUUUAUAACUUUCUGAGUCUGUGUUAUGAAUAUCUUGGUGGAGAGAUGGCAAUAAUGACAGAAAUAAGAGGGAAACCAAUACCUGCAAGCUGGUUUUGUUGUACAUGUUGUCUGGCUGGUAGUCAGUAUACCAUUCUCUUUCUUAGGUUUUGUAAAAGGGCUACGUUACAGUACUGUGUAAUAAAACCAAUCAUGGCAAUAAUCACCCUGAUACUUCAACCACUUGGCUAUUACUCCGAUGGUGAUUGGAGGGCUGACCGUGGAUACCUGUAUAUUUGUAUUAUUUAUAACAUCAGUGUAACUCUGGCUCUUUAUGCAUUGUUUCUAUUCUACCAAGCAACCAAAGACCUUCUAUGUCCAUAUUAUCCUGUAUUGAAAUUCUUUACUGUCAAGUCCGUCAUCUUUCUCUCUUUUUGGCAAGGUGUAGUCUUAGCCGUGGCUGAAAAAGCAGGUCUCAUAAAAACCUACCAUGGAAUAUCAGCAGGGACAAUUGCUGCAGGCUAUCAAAACUUUAUCAUCUGCAUUGAGAUGUUUUUUGCUGCUAUAUGUCUUCGUUUUGCCUUUCCUUACUCUGUCUACCUUCGGCAAAGAAAACUGAACGAGCGAGGACAGGGAAUCGCUCUUAAGAGUAUCUCCAAAAACUUAAAACAAACAAUGAAUCCCAAGGAUAUUGUGGACGAUGCAAUUCAUAAUUUCUCUCGUUCUUAUAAACAUUACGCCAACGCCCAGAACUCGAAGUUUUCCGGCGAUGAAUCGAUGUCACGUCAUCCACACUCAGUCACGCAAUCUUAUCAAAGUACGAACUUCGACGGUUUUGAUUCAGCAAGUGAUAUCGAAGCCGGUACAGCGCAUGCUCAAGGGGAGCAUUACGAUUCGUUUGAYUCAUUUCGACGCGGCAUGCAAGUGACUGUGAUUGGUAGCUUACAUGGAAGUCAUAGCAACCACAGUCGGAAAUCACGUGAUAGUGAGAAGACAACAUUGUUGGAUUCCGACUCGGAGUUUUAGAUUAGGUUAAUUUACCACAACUGGAAGUAUGCAAGCUCUGUAUUUUGUAAUCUGAAGGCCCCUUUACACUGGCGAUUUUUGCGGCGAUUUUUAUGGUCAUUUUGAUCCUAGAGAUCAAUGCUUAAGUAAUAACUUGCAAACAUUUAAUCAGCACACUGGGAUAAGCUAACUAUACGUGUCCUCAGAAGGAUAAGACAAAAUAUAUUACAUUUUUGGAAAUCGCCUGGAAAAUCACAGCCAAAAAUCGCCAGUAUAAACGGYCCUUKARACWGUAUUCUGUUAUUUGUGAUAGAUGGCAUUAAGUAAGGUUAUGUCAAAUAGCUGAUUUUUGGCAAAUCAAAAGUGGACGUUGGUGUAAAGUUUUCUAUCGAAAUUGUUCUCAUCGAAGUUCUAAAGAAAUUUAUCAAAUUUUGACUCGGGUAGGAGGAAGGACUAAUACACAAUUCAUGCUAUUUGACAGUUCCCCUUCUGUACCUUUGACAGUCCACCCUCACCUCACCCUCACCCUCACCCUCACCCUUCGGUCCUUUUUACACCAUGGUCCAUGACCAGUAUCCUUUUUAUGUUUCAAAACAAAAAUACAUUGUAAAACAUAAGAAACGUACUCUUUUUUAUCCCUUAAUUUCUCUAUAAAUGGAGAUAUUGUAAGAUUCGAUUUUGAAACCGGGGUAUGGAAAAUCUAAAAGACGACAGCAUUGCCMUUGAAUGAUUAAUGCUGGUGAAACAUGGCCCCCGAUAAUUAAAUAUUGGUUUAGAAUACACCUUUUAAUAGUCGAUAAUUCAAAUCUUGUAUUCGACUAUUAUACUAAUAUCAAUUGCUGGAAUUUAUUUCGCYAUCUCAACGUCGCGACUCUAUUGCUAUUUUCGUGUACAUUUUUCUAGAGGAUGUAAAUAUUCUAGUAAACUGUUUCCAUACUCUGAAGUCCUGUAGAACAGGUAAAGUAUUUAUGCUGUACAUAAUGAGGCAAUGGUAAUAAAGUAUAUCAUUAUAUGAUAAAUCCACUGAUUAAAUUACUGGAUAUAAUCCAUUA